UUCAUCUCUAGCAGAGCAGCUGAUCUGGUUUGUUUUGGCCAAAAAUUGUUUUUUCCUUGCUUUUGUUUACAAAGAAAAACGUUAAAUAUGUUGACUUCCAUGGUUAAGGAGCAUCACAAGGAGCAGGUGAAGCGGAAACAAGAGCAGGAGGUGCGUCGCAAGGAGGCCAUAGAAGCCUCCAACGAGCUGACCCAAUCCCUGGUGGACACCCUCAAUGUGGGCGUGGCCCAGGCCUACUUGAACCAAAAGCGCCUGGAUGCGGAGGCCAAGCAACUGCACAUGGGAGCCACCAACUUCGCCAAGCAGACGCACCAAUGGCUGCAGAUGAUUGAUCAGUUCAGCAGCGCCCUCAAGGAACUGGGCGACGUGGAGAACUGGGCACGCAGCAUCGAGGGGGACAUGCAUGUGAUAAACCAGAGCCUGGAACUGGCCUACAAAGCCUCCCGGGCGACACAGGCCACGAGUGGAACAGGAGAGGCUUCGACUUCAGCGGCAGCAAAACCAAACCCAAGUGCUACAUGAAAAAUUGUAGGUUUAGUCGCCAAGCAUUUUUCCAGAUAAUUCAUUAUAUGUUUAACU